UGUGUUAUCGAAACACGGCCAAAUCAGAUACCAUUUGACAGUACAAGAAAAAAUAAUCAAUAUAGCAGAAUGGGCAAGCACAGGACAGCACAACAGGAUGCCAUUUUCGUGGCAUUUAUGGAAAGACAUCCCAUAAUUGCGAAAAACUACUACAAAGGCGAUAAAUUGGCCAGCGAGGCCGCCUGGCAGAGAUUAAGCAAGGAGCUAAACAGUGUGGGACCGCCAGUUAAAGAAGCCGGCGAAUGGAAGCGAGUAUGGAAAGAUUGGAAGAGCUGCAUACGCAAGAAGAUUGCCAACAAUCGGCUGGAGCCGAACGGCACGGGGAAGAGUUCCUUAUACCAGGACACGCUCACGCCCCUGGAAGAUGCCGUGGCGACAAUCACCGACCUCUAUGAGAUGGCAGACAUCAUAGUCGAAUCGCAGCCAAAGUCUAAAGCUCGUCAAGAAACGAACGCAAACAUGCGCCUGCAGGACAUCAAAACAGACCAGGACGACGAGGAGGUGUCCGAUAAUGAAGAUGAGUUGGAGCAGGAGGAUGACGACGACGAUGCAUCUGGCGGCGACUCGAUCAGCGUGCGCGACGUCGGAGUCAAAGUGGAGCAGCAAAUGCAUCAACAGUCCACAGCCAAAAAACGAAAACUGGAACACGAUAAUCUCAACGGAUCCGGCUCCGUGAAUGGCAGCACGGUGCUCCUGGACAUUGCCAAAGAGCUGCGCGAACUGAACAGGCAGACGAGAUUGAAUGCCCAGCGCACAGAAGCCAAUACCGAGGCCUUGCUGGCAAUGGGCACUCAAAUAUCUGACCUAAUGCAACAGCAGCUGAAGGAACGCAAGCGUCUCAAUGCCAUAAUGGAGAAGUUUGUGCUCAAGAUGGAGACUACCGACUAAAAUAGUUAGCAAUAUGUUUAAACUAAAGAAGCUAGAUAUUAGGUCAUUUAUUUUACUUAACUUGGAGUAAACUAGGAUUGUGUCUUAAAUUGAUUCAAAGCUUGCUUUGAUAAUUGUAAAUGAAAUGUAUGCGCUUAAAACCAAAUAUAAAUGUAUGAA